AUGUCAAGCAAAAAGCAACAGCCUGCAUUUCAAGGAAAGGAAUGUUUCAGUCGCAUGAAUUUUCUCUUCCAAUCGUCCAUGCUUAUGGCUGGCAAAAACAACGCGUUAUCUGCCUACUACGGCGAACUAUGCCGGAGUAUUGCAAAGAAAGCUGUGCUUAAAAUUGAUCCAAACAUAAAGCGGCAGAUGUGUAAACGUUGUUCUCUCGCACUAAAACCAGGCAUAACCGCUGACUUGCAUGCUGAGACGCGACGGAAAAGACGAAAGACUUUGAAAAAUAGUGAUAAUGUGGAUGAAAACACAAGCAUGAUCUUGACGUGCCAUCAAUGCGGGUUUAGACGUCAGUUUAUAGUCAAUCCAAAUUACAAUUUUUGGCUGGACAAUAAAGAAUCUGUGGUGGAGUCGAUCACUCUAGGCAACAAAAAACCCGAAAGUGAACAAAAGCAGUCACCAAUUAGCGAUAAGGAAACAAAAGAAACCACUACAAAAUAGAAAUAAACAUUCCACUUUGUAAUUUUGCAUUUAGGUGAGUUAAAUUAAGUGUAAAAUAUACAACUUGAUAGCCAUAACAUUUUUUUUGCAGUAUGUAUUUUAGAUAACAAAAUAUCUACAGCUUGUGUACUAUAAUCAUUUAUAAUCUGUAAUAAAAGGCUUACAUGAUUGAAAGA